CCGCUAGUGCAGCGUUUUGUCGCUUUCGAGCUGUCAAUGUCAGUAAUUCAUCAACAUGUGUUUGGAUUCGGGACAAUUGUGCGUGCAUUCUAUAAAAAGUUUGUUUAAAAUGCAAAGAAUAGUUGAAUAGUUUAAUUUGCAAUUAAUUAUUUGUUUCUCAAAUUUAUGAUUUACAAUUUUCAUACAUCGAUAAAACUUUUGUUUACUUAUAAUACAAUUUUAAGGAUUAGGUUAUUUAUACGUUUUAAUCAUAGAAAAUAAAUCGAUAUUUGUAUAUCAUGGAUUUUGCAAGAAAGCAAUUGGAAAAGUAUGGUUGGAGCGCAGGCAAAGGACUUGGGAAGUAUGAAAAUGGAAUAUCAGAAGCACUCAAACCAAAGCUAAAAAGGAGUGUAGCAGGAGUUGGUCAUGAUGCCGCAGCCGAUUUCACAGAGCAUUGGUGGAAUGACUUAUACAAUAAGGCCGCAAUGAACUUGGAGGUCGAAAAUAAAAAUGGGAAAACAAAAAGAAUCAAACAAAAGGACUCAUCAGAAUUUGAAAUAACAAAUAAUACUUGGAAAAUUAAAAGAACAAAGAAAGGUGAUAAACCUGAUCAAGGGUAUACAGAUUUCUUUGUGAAAAAAGCCAUAUUAAAUAAUGGAGGUUCUAAACUUGAGGAUGUUGAAGAAAGUGAUUCAGAAAAUGAGACAACUGUAAAGGAUGUUUUUAAAAUGACCGAUGAAGAAUUAUUUGCUGCGUGUGGAGGCAGAACAGCACAUAAAGGUGCACGCCAUGGACUUAAAGCAUUGGGAAAAUUAGCAAGAAUAGAGCAACAAGAGCAAAUGCUAUUAAAUCAAGAUAAAUAUAAUGGUUACUCACAUACAAAGAAAGGAAAAAAUAAAGACCAAGUGGGAGAAAUCAAUGAUCAAGUUGUUGAAAACAAUAGUUUAGAUAGUGAUGUUGACAGUAUGCCUGUUAAAAUUAAAAAGAAAAAGAAAAAACUCUGCCAUAAAGACUUGGAAGGAAAAGAACCUCAAAGUAAUCGUAAUAAUAAUCAUGGUGAAGAGGAUCUACUUCAAACAUGUAAAACUAAUAAAAAAGAAAAAAAAAUGUCAUACCAGCCAGUAGAUAACAUUGUAAAUGUUAAGAAUAAGAAAAAAACUACUAUAAAACGACAGAAUGAUGAUUCAAGAGAGAAAGAAAAUUCUGAAGAUGCAAGUGAUAUAAGUGAGCUGACUUUAGAUGAUUUAUUUCCAGACUGUGAUGACUUAAACUCUGCAUCUAUUACAAAGUCUAAAAAGAAGAAAAGGAGAAAAGAGUAAUAAAAAUUAUUUAAACAUA